CCCCCGUCGACUCCUGCCUGCCGCACGCCCGCGGCUGAGCAGCACGCCCGCCCGCUCCAGCGAUGGGGCCCAAGGCCGAGCCUGGCUUCGUCGUGUGCACGGGCUGCCGCUACCGCUGGAACUUCCGCAAGAACGCGGAGUGCUGGCAGUGUGGGAUUGGGCUGGAGCUGGCGCCCUCGAAGCCUUCGCCCCGCGUCGGGGUCUGGGCGGAUGGCGGCGGCGGCGGCUCCCCGCCCGCGCAUCGUGGAGGCGGCGGCGGAGGCUCACCGAGGGAUGGCGCCAAGGGCGGCAAGGGCGGCAAAGGCCGAGGUGCAGCCUCCCGUGGCGGCGGAGGCGGUGCAGCCUCCCGUGGCGGCGGCGUCGGAGGCGCGGGCGGCCGUGGUGGAGGCGCCUUCCCGAAGGCCCCUUGGUCGGCCCUGCCCGAGAGCGAGCUCGACGCGCUCCUCGCCUGCGGGGACCCCGCCAUCGCGGCCAGGCUGCAG